UCGCAUUGGGAAGACAGCAUGAAUAUCUUUCGCUUCUUUGGUGACCUCAGUCACCUCGCCUCCAUCUUUAUCCUCAUCCACAAGAUCCAGCUCUCAAGAUCAUGCCGGGGCAUCUCAUUCAAGACGCAGCUUCUCUACACCGUCGUCUUUGUCACACGGUAUCUCGACAUCUUUGUUGAGGACAGCUUCUACCGUAUCAUCAUGAAGCUCUUCUUCAUCGGCUCUUCCGUCUACAUCCUCUACCUCAUGCGCAUCAAGUUCCGGCCCACGCACGACCCAGCCAUUGACACGAUCCGGCUCGAGUACCUCAUGGGGCCCGCAGCCGUGCUGGCCAUCCUGUUCCACUACCGCAACCCAGAUCUGGGCGUGAUCAAAGAAACCCUCUGGGCCUUUUCCAUCUACCUCGAGGCCGUGGCCAUCCUGCCCCAGCUCUUUAUGCUCCAGAGGACCGGCGAGGCAGAGACGAUCACGACGCACUACCUCUUUGCCCUCGGCGCCUACCGGGCCCUCUACAUCCCCAACUGGAUCUACAGAUACUUUACCGAAAAGGCAAUCGACCCAAUCUCGAUUCUCGCCGGUCUCGUCCAGACGGGUCUUUACCUCGACUUCUUCUACAUCUACUUUACCAAGGUCAUGAAGGGCGAGAAGUUCGAGCUGCCGGCAUGAGUGGCAGGAGUAUAAAACAACGAAGCUCAAAGGACAGGUGCCGUGGGGCCCUCAAGAGACAGGGAGAAAAGGAGCAAAAAUGAGAAUUACAAUGUGCUGUAGAGUAGUUCCCUGCGGUAAUUAUCCCUAUAUGGACUGCUACUCAG